UUUCGUCCUCGAGUGUGGCCGACCGCAGCUCUCGCCCUCCGAAAGAUUCCAUCACCAACCCCAUCGUCUCAACCACCUCCUGUCGAUUGAGGUUCGCCGUCCAACGACCCCCAAUUGACCUCUGAUCUUCCCGCCGACGUUCACGCCGCACCCGCCCGCCAUCAUGAGCUUCGUCGCCCGCCGGGGUCUCUCGACCCUCAUCCCUCCCAAGGUUGCUUCGCCUACUGCCAUCGGCGCUGCUCCUGAUGCCGUCCGCAUGAAGCGUGUCGUCAGCUUCUACGAGAAGCUCCCCCGUGGUCCCGCCCCCGAGGUCAAGCCCACCGGUCUCUUCGGCAGAUACCAGGCCAAGCACUUUGGCAAGAACCCUACCGCCAAGCCCAUCAUCCACGCUAUCGGUCUGAUCCUCGUCAUCGGCUACCCCAUGACCUACUACUUCCACCUGCGCCACCACAAGAACAACGCCCACUAAGCCAACGCGGCUGUAGUGGAUGAGUGUAGGAACGUGGUUGAAGAACAAAAUCAAAGUCUGUAAAUAAACAAGACGAGGAGGCAAGCCGGACAGAAGCUCGAAAAAGCACUGCCGGUCUUAAGCCGCCGUGUAUUAGAAUUGAAAGGGGGCGUAUGCCCUGAAUACCAUGUCCCAUUUGUCAACAUUCUUGCAUUACUGCAUGAACA